AUGGAUAGGAUAUUUUGUUGUAAUGUACAAGGGAUUAACAGCCAACAUAAGCAUCAAGAUAUUAAGCAUUUAAUCCUUUCAAAGAAUGUUGGGUUGGUUAGUCUUCUCGAAACAAAAGUGAAGAAUAAAAAUAUGGGCUCCCUUUAUAAUAGUUUGUUUUCUGGAUGGUUUUUUACUGAUAACAAUCCUUGGAUUGAUAAAGGUAGAAUAAUAGUUGCUUGGAAUCCGAAAGUGUACUCUCUAGAUAUUAGGUUAUGCACUACUCAGUUGAUUCAUUGUUUGGUGCAAGUACCAAAUCAGGCAGGAAGUUGUUUUAUCACCUUUGUGUAUGGUUUUAAUGAUGAAUUAUCUACGGAACAGUUGUGGAAAGAUAUGCAGGAGUUGGUUGUAUCUAUAGUUGAUCCUUGGAUGGUGAUAGGGAACUUUAAUGAGAUUCUUUCUCAUCAUGAGAGAAUAGGUAAAAAGGUUGCUGCUAAACUCUCUAGCAGCUUCCAAGAUUGCCUAUCAUUCUGUUACUUGGAGGAUUUAAAGUUCUCAGGUUGCUUCUAUACUUGGAACAAUAAACAGAAGGCAGAGGAGAAGAUUUAUUCAAAGAUUGAUCGUGCUUUGGUUAAUUCACAAUGGACAGAUUAUUUUCCAAACUCAGAAGUUGUUUUUCUUCUGGAAGGACUCUUUGAUCAUAGUCCAGUCCUUGUUCACUUCUAUUUGGAGUUUGCAAUGGAGAAGAAACCAUUUAGAUACUUUCAGAUUUGGAAAGAAGCUCCCUCUUAUGCAGUCAAGAUUCAAACUAGUUGGAAUAUUCCAGUUGUUGGUACUGAAAUGUUUCAAGUGGUUUCUAAAUUGAAAAGGUUGAAACAUACAGAAUUUAAGGCAAAAAUCUUACUGAGGGAGCUUCAAGAAAAAUUGCAUAAGGAUCCGCUUAAUGACUGCCUUAUUAAUCAAGAACAAGUGGCUAGAGAAAAUUUCCUCCAUUUCCAUAAAGCUUACAUGAUGUUUUUGGCACAAAAAGCUAAAGCUAGGAGGAUACAGAACAGGAUUCUGUCCAUCAAGAAUAAGGGUGGCAUUUGGGUAGAUACUCCAACUGGAAUGAAAGCUCCAGGCCCAGAUGGAUAUAGUAGCUACUUCUAUCAAGAUAACUUGAAUUUGGUGGGUUUGGAGGUUAGUGCAGUUGUUCUAUCCUUCCUCAAAUCGGGUAAAUUGCUCAAAGAGAUUAAUGCCACAACUAUUACUCUCAUUCCUAAGACCAUUUGCCCAGAUAAUGUUUGUGAUUUCAGACCCAUUGCUUGUUGUAAUGUCAUAUAUAAAGCAACGUCUAAGAUGAUUUUUUCAAGACUUCAUCAAGUUCUACUUGAAUUAAUAGCAGAAAAUCAAGGGGGAUUUGUUCAUGGUAGAUACAUAGCAUACAACAUCAUGAUAUGUCAAGACUUAGUUCGACAUUACGGGAGGAAAAAUUGCAAACCAUGUUGUAUGAUCAAGUUGGAUUUGAGGAAAGCUUAUGACACUAUAGAGUGGGAUUUUAUUGAAGAGAUGCUCACAGCUUUUCAUUUUCCUAUGAAAUUUAUUUAG